AUGGACCUCGACGAUAGGCAGUUCAUGUACUUCUUCCGCGAGCACCUCACCGACGGCGCCCCCUUCGGGUGCCUCGAGUUCGCGGCAUCACCCGACGAGAAUUUCCCCUGGAACUUGAUGGGAACCCAGGUGCAGCGGACCAAGGAAAUCGUCUACGACGUACGCGGUGGCAAGGUUGCCUUUGUUCCCAGCGGUUGUGGCCUGCGUUGA